CGCAGAGCGAGACGAGGUAGCAGAGAGGCAGAGCAACGGCAGCAUCCCGUCUGACAAACGGCGCCUCACCAAUCUCCCACCAACAGCGAGGUGUUUUCUCACUGAGCAUCCUCCAAAAACAACGAGAUAAAAGAUAAGAUGGCCACCUCCUCCUCCACUCUGGAAGAAGACGAGAGUUUGAAGGGCUGUGAAAUUUUUGUGCAGAAGCACAACAUCCAGCAGAUCCUCAAAGAGUGCAUUGUGAACCUCUGCAUCGCUAAGCCUGAGCGUCCUAUGAAGUUCCUGCGGGAGCAUUUUGAAAAGCUGGAGAAGGAAGAAUGCAAGCAGAUCAUGGCACGGCAAAAAUCUAACAGCCAGUCAGACUCACACGAUGAUGAGGUUUCUCCCCCACCGCCCAACCCUGUUGUCAAGGCCCGACGCCGCAGAGGAGGGGUCAGCGCCGAGGUCUACACUGAAGAGGAUGCUGUCAGCUAUGUGCGCAAGGUGAUCCCAAAGGACUACAAGACCAUGACCGCCUUGGCCAAGGCCAUUUCCAAAAAUGUGCUGUUUGCUCACCUGGAUGACAAUGAGAGAAGUGACAUAUUUGAUGCCAUGUUCCCAGUCACCCACAUUGCAGGGGAAACAGUCAUCCAGCAAGGCGAUGAAGGAGACAACUUCUAUGUGAUUGACCAAGGUGAAGUGGACGUGUAUGUGAACGGGGAGUGGGUGACCAGUAUUGGAGAAGGAGGUAGUUUUGGAGAGCUGGCCCUGAUCUAUGGGACUCCCAGAGCUGCCACCGUCAAGGCUAAGACUGAUCUUAAACUGUGGGGCAUUGACCGAGACAGCUACCGGCGCAUCCUCAUGGGCAGCACACUGAGGAAGAGGAAGAUGUAUGAAGAGUUCCUCAGCAAGGUCUCCAUCCUUGAGUCUUUGGAUAAGUGGGAACGUCUGACGGUGGCCGACGCUCUGGAGCCCGUUCAGUUUGAGGAUGGAGAGAAGAUAGUGGUGCAAGGAGAACCUGGUGAUGACUUCUUCAUUAUUACAGAGGGAAUAGCCUCUGUACUGCAGCGCAGGUCUGACAAUGAGGAGUACGUGGAGGUCGGGCGCCUCGGACCCUCUGACUACUUUGGGGAAAUCGCCCUGCUGCUGAACCGUCCCAGGGCAGCCACCGUAGUCGCUCGCGGCCCGCUGAAGUGCGUGAAGCUGGACAGGCCCCGCUUCGAGCGCGUGCUGGGGCCGUGCUCGGAGAUCCUCAAGAGGAACAUCCAGAGAUACAACAGCUUCAUCUCCCUCACCGUGUGACAGGCCGGCCCCUCAGGGCUCCACCAGCAGGGGUGGGCAGCAUCAGCAUCCGAGUUUUAGUGCGUGGGUGGGAAGAGGUGAGGAUGCGGGGUAAAGGACAUGGGUUUUACAUCCACAACGACAGGGCGCUUAUUACCUUUUUCCUUUUUGCGCAUUUCUUUUUUUUUUUUCUUUGAUCUUGUGCACUUUGACUUGACCUGUGCCGUCCCGUAGCUUUAUGUCAAAAACACCAUGCAGGAGUGUAAAAAUCUGAGCGAGAGCAGGGAUCAUUCAACUGCAUAUGAGUCACGCACACAGCGUGUCGACGGUAUACGAUGCAUGCUUCUAGACGGACAAAGAAUGGCGUUUGCACUUUCAUGAAUUCAUGAAGGGUACGUGUGAAUUCAGGAAAUACGGAGGAAGUAAAGUCAUGUUUACGUGCAGCGGGAGGAAGCGAGCACACAUUUCUUUGCUCGCUGAGUGUGGUUUGCCUUUCUUUCACUUCUGUGUGUGCGUGGUGCCAUUUGUAGGUCAAAUCAGACCCGCACUGCACAGACCUCUGUUUGCUAAAGCGUAGAUGUAGAGGUAUGACGAAAAGUCAAGUUUUGCCUGUUUCAUUCGAUUUUAGUGCUUCUUAAAUGUGCUUUUACUGCUGUUACCAGUUAGGGGCUUGUUACAGACAGCGAUAUGUUGAGUUCUGAUUUUAUGUGGCGCGUGCCAGCCAAAUUAACCCACAAGUUGCUUUUUCUCUCAAGAAAUCCUCUCUGUUCCGAUUCUCCCUGAAGCGGUUCUGUGAGCUGUGAGCUGUGGUAUUCCAAAGGCGCAGUAGUGUUAUCAGUCCAGUCCACAUACACACAAACAGAGUCUGAAACACACUGACAUGAAACACUCAACCAUACUGUAUAUGCUUACACUGUCUCAGGACUAUGUGAAUCUCCACACACACACAGACACACAGACACACACACUCGCGUCUUACCUGAUGCUUUUUUUUAACUUGGUUUUCCUCUGUGUUAAAUUGCUAGAUGAAAGCUUUUGCACCACUUUAGAGUUUGUACCGUUGGGUCAAUACAGGAGUUCGAUUUAGCUGUUUUUAAGACAUGACUUGUAUGUUAUAAAUAUAUAAAAGAAAGAAAAAUAUACCUGUGUUGCUUUCCUUUGAUCUACUGUAAUCUGUCAAAGUUGCACAACCGACCCAGCGACCGAUGUUGUAUAAGAAAAGAAACUUUCUGUAUUCUCGCUCUCUCUGUAUCUCUUUCUUUCAACUAUCAAACCAUCUUGAGCAAAUAAAGAUAAGCUU